GGUAGCAACUCCCUAAAAACAGACCCAGAAACGGACGGCGGCCGACGCCACCUCACCGGAAGGUCAUUUCACGGCCAUCGCCGGCGAAUCCCCGUCCAAAACUCCACCGUGGAAGCUAUUAUUAAAUAUACCGACAAAAGUCACUCGGCAGCAGCAGGAACUUUCGCGGAAACGAAGUCGAAACAACCGGCCUAUUUCCUUCUUCUCUUUUUCUUUUUCUUUCUCCAAUUAAUAAAUUCAAAAGUCAAGUCAACUGCAAAUGACUGAAAAUAAAAAUAAAGAGAAUAAUCGUGAUUAUUAUAAUAACAACGAUGAAGAUGUUACUUGCUUCAAUCGAUGCCUUGGUUUCUUUUCAUUCACAUCCUCGCGCCAAAAGCCAGACGGAGGGGGAAAGAGGAGAAGGGAGGAGGAGGCGUCGACGGCGGCGGUGGACCACGGAGGGGGAAAGAUGGGGAGCGUGAAUCUGGAGGAGAAUCUGAGGGUCAGGGUGGAGGUGGUGAAGAAAGCCUGCUCGCUGUCCUUGAAAGCCCACAAGCCGCCGGGGAAGCAGCUGUUCGUGACGGAGAAGCUCCGCUCGUCGGAAGUUAUUUUCGGCUUCCCUGGAAGUUGGAACGCCAGCGAUUGGAUCAGCAAGGCGCCGUUUGGGGAAGUCGAAGUCGAUCUGCAGCUUUUCCCUUCGAUCUUGUACAUCGGUCUCAGGGAGAUCGGCGCCGUCAACGAAGCCUUCUUGCGUAGAUUCAAAGCUCUUUUGGCCAGUCCGCAGUUCGUCGCCGAGGUGGAGAAGGCGAGAAGAGAAAGCAAGCAAGUCAUAUUCACAGGUCACUCAGCAGGAGGGCCAACAGCCAUCCUGGCAACACUAUGGUUCCUGGAGAAGUACAAGAACGCAUCAUCACCAAUUCUCCCUCUCUGCCUCACAUUCGGCUCUCCCUUGGUCGGCGAUCGCUUCCUGAACCACGCAGUCAACCGCGAAAAUUGGUCCAAGCAGUUCAUCCACUUCGUCAUGAGAUAUGACAUCGUCCCCAGAAUCUCACUCUCCCAGCUACAACCCAACCACCAGCAGCAGCAACUCCAGGAUGCCCUCAAGUUCUUCAACCCCAACAUCAAGGAUCAACUCCCUCCUGAAUUCGAUCCUCAAUCCUUCUUCGUCCACGUCAUGAGAGGCUCGUCCUCCGUGGCUAGCCACGCUGCCUGCAAGAUCAUGGGGAACACCAACCUGCUCCUCGAGACCGUCUCGAGCUUCGUCGAGCUCAGCCCUUACAGGCCUUUUGGCACCUUCGUUUUCGCCGCGGGGAAUGGGAAGCUGGUCAUCUUGAGGAACCCUGAUGCGGUUCUGCAGGUGCUGUUUUACUCCUCGCAGCUGAGCUCUCCUGAUGAAGUCGAUGAAAUUGCAAAAAGGAGUCUUAAGGAUCACUUGAACUAUGCGAAUGAGCUGAAGGAAUGCCUGGACAACAUGCAGAGUGUCACUUCCCUGGAUGAUCAUCGCGAUUCCCUCGCUAGCAUUCCUCUGUCAUCUGAUUCUGCCACUGCAGAGACUGCAGCAAUCAACGCAUCGUUGAACGAUCUCGGCCUGAGCGUGAGAGCUCGACUCUGCCUCCGAGCAGCGGCGGAGCUGGAGAAACAGAAGGGUCGAAACCAGGACACGAUCAACGACAAGAUGAAGGACAUCGAGGCGAAGAUACAGAAGCUGGAGAACUACAAGAACAAGUGCACGGUUCAGAAGAGGACCUACUACCGCGCAUUCAGGCUGUCUGAGGAGAAGAGCGACUUCGAAGCAAACGUCACGAGGCUCGAGCUGGCCGGGAUAUGGGACGAGAUCGUGGAGAUGCUGAAAAGGUACGAGCUACCGGACGAUUUCGAGGGGAAACAAGACUGGAUCGAGCUCGGGACGAGGUUCAGGCUGAUCGCCGAGCCGCUCGACAUAUCGAACUACUACCGCCACGCCAAGAACGAGGACACGGGGACUUACAUGGUGAGGGGGCGGCCGAAGCGGUACAAGUGCACGCAGAGGUGGAAGGAGCAGGUGGAGGGGAGGGCGUGGAGCGACGACCCGCCGGAAUCGUGCUUCUGGGCUGAGGUGGAGGAGCUGCUGAUUGCUCCGGCGGGGAGCCCGGCGACGGUGGAGAAGGUGAGGGGUUUGCAGAGGAAAGUGGAUGAGUAUAAGAUGGGAGCGGAGGUGUAUUUGGAGGACAGCUUGUUUGUGACUUUGUUGAAACAGAACAAUCUCCGUUGAAGUCUUGAAGAGAUGGAGGAAGGUAGUAAUAAAGCCGGCGCCAUAAAGGUUUGGUGUUCAAUUAUUAUCAUAUAUUGUGUAUAUGUAGUAUGUACCGUGUUGGCAUUCUCCAAACAUAAAAAUGUUACAAGAAAUAAUGUAAUCGGGAUUGUAAGGUGACAUAAUCGAGAAUUGAAGCCGAAUAUCAAAUGAAAUUGAUAUAAAAGAGAGAUCGAUUGAAUUGUUAUGGCAAAAUACACUUUCAUAGCUAUAACGUUCACGUUUGUGAUAGAUAUAGCCACAGUUUUCGAAAUACACGAAAUAGCCAGAAUUUUUCUGUUGGAAGGAGACAUUCAUUACAAACAGUAAAUUUUUCGACACUAAUAAACACGAUUUGGACGGAGACAACAACUUUAUUGUAGACCACAAAUGAAAUAAUGCAAGAAUAUCGACAACCCCUGAACUUUUAUAAAUACUAGAUAAUUGGCCCGCGCUUUGCGGCGGGAUCAUAUAUUUAUCAUAGAUUUAUAAUUUAUUAUAUUUAGUUUUGAGAUUUAUUGAACUUGCAAUAUUAUUUGAUUUAUUAAAAAAAUAAUUGAUUUUGAAUAUGCAAGUUUUUUUUGUGAAAUUUGUAUAUGCAAUGUAAAUAUGAUGUUCAUAACUUUGUUUUUGUAUAAUGAAUAUCUUACUUGUAUUAUGUGAAUAUUUAAAUAAUGUGUUGGUGUGUUGUGUGAAUAAGUGUAAAUAUUCAAACUCUGCUGUAUCCUAAUAAAAACGGCUUGAGUUCAAGUCCUUAAGCCUCAUUUCUUAAGGAAAAUCUUAAAGUCCUAUUGGCUGAUAGUGGAUUAGGUAGUUAAUGGGGGUUAGUAGUUAAUAGGUAGUUAAGGGUAAAUAGGGUUAUGCAAAUAUAAUUAAUUAAUGAUUUUCUUUCUCUCUCCUCCCAUGAUUUUCUCCAUAACCCUCUCUCUACAUUAUAAUUAAAAAUAAAUAUGAAAUUAAUUUUAUUUAAUAUUUAAUAAAAUCCGAAUUUAAUAAUUUUAUUUUUCUAAAAUGGAAAUUUGAAAUUUAAAAUACAUGCCUCUCUCACAUCUUGGCAACUUCCGAUUAUUAUUAAGUAUUAACAUUUUGUAAUGACUUUAUCAAUAUUUAUAAAUUGAAUCAUCAUUAGGGCUUUUCAUUGCAUGGGUUUGAGAUUUUUCGUUGUUAGGUAUUCGUUUGUGUUAUUAUUAAUGUUGUUCGACAUGUUUUUUAAUAAUUUUAUAUGAAAUUAUUAACUUUUUAUGUUAUGUUUUGUUUAAAACAUUAGUAAAAGUGAAAUUAUGUUUUCAAUUUGUUGGUACUUGAAGUUUAUUUACUAUUACAUCGUAUUAUCAAUUUGGUUCGCAAUGAUUUAUAAUCAUUUGAAGUGCUAUUAUCAAUAUUUUUUUUCAAGCACAAUACAACCAUUAGCAAAAUUUUAAUUCAUUUGUAAGAUUGCUUAUGUUUAGUGAUUUGAAUUAUUAAUAUUUUUAUCGUUUAUGUUUGUAACUUUGUCAAAUGUCAUUAUCAAGAAGCAUACUUGUUAGAUAUUCGUUUGUUUAUGACAUUAUCAAAAGUGAAUUUACGUUUAAUGAUAUAACUAUGGUUAUUAAUCUUUCAGUCUAAGUUAGUAACGUAGUUUGGUGUCAUUAUUAAUAGGCGUGUAUAAGCAUUAUCAAUGUUUGAAAAUAAGAUAUUAAUAAUAUCUAAUAAGGUACUUAACAAUCAUUAGUUGCUAUCAUUAUCAAAGUUUUUGGAUGCAUUAUCCAUUAAACACAUGAUACUUAUUAAUGCGUUUUUAGUGCUAUUUGACAUUAAAUAUUGCAUUAGAAUAUUAUUAAUAUUUUUAUAUUACAAAAAUCUAUUUCCUUAUCAGUGACUUGAUCAUUCGAUAUUAAUGGUUUUUAAUAUCUUUAUUAAAAGUUUGAUGUCAUUUAUAAUGUUGAAGUCGGACAUUUUUACAUUGAUGUUUUGUGUUUAUUUUCAACGAUUUAUUGUAUUGUUAUUAAAAGUUUGGUGUUGAGGCGUGAAUGUUGGUUUGCUUGAGCUAAUAUAUUUCUGGACAAUGUUUGUUUGACUGAAUCACACAGGUGCACUAUGUCACAAGUACCCAAGAUGUUGAAAAUUAGUAUUGUGUUUUAUGAUCAUUAAGAGUGAUAAUGUAAAGCAAUAUUAAUUGAUCAUAAAACGUUAAUAAUGUCAUUAGAAAUCAUUGGAAGAGGCCAUGACUAGAUAGUUAUAAACAUGAUGUGAAAAUGUGAAUCAUUAGUACUAAAGAUGUUGUAAAUCAAUGAUAUUGUUAUUCAAACUAUUAAUGACUAUGUUGCAUAACUUUAAUGAUUCAUUCAUAGGCGUUGAUGACGAAACUAUAAAACAGUAAUAAUUGAUCCAAAAUUGUUAAUAAUGUUAUUGUAUGGAAUUGAUAAGUAUAUUGAAGUCUUUAAUAAUGAUGAGGUAUAAUAAUAACGAUUCAUUUCAUAAAUGUUGAUAAUGUCAUUGCAAAAUGUUAAUACUGUAUUGCAAGUUGUUGCCACGAAGUGAGAGAGAGCAUAUAUUUUUAAUUUCAAUUUUCAUUUUAAAAAAAUAAAAAAUAUUAAGUUCGAAUUUAUUAAAUAUUAAAUAAUAAUAUUAAAUAAAAUUAAUUUCGAAUUUUCUUUUAAUUGUAGUGGAGAGAGAGGGUUAUGGAGAAGAUCAAGGGGGAGAGAGAAAGCGAAUCAUUAAUGAGUAAUAUUAAUUAUAUUUUCAUAAUAUCUUAUAUAUUCCAACUAACUAUUAACUACUAACCCCUCAUUAACUACCUAAUCUAGUAUCAGCCAAUAAAAAUGGUUUAAGAACCUCCUUAAACAAUAAGGCUUAAGGACCGGA